CGAGAACGCGUUCGCGUGGUCGCGUCCCCUCCCUAGCGCGGGAAAUAUAUUAUCUGUGGCGUCUAAUCAACUGUCAAUUUGUCAAUAAUUACACACUUCAAAUUUUGUUUUUCGAAUUCGAUAGCUAACAAAACAGUUUGUUCCGAGUGAUUAUUUCACAGGAUCAAAGGUGAAUUACAGCUAAGGUUUUUGAAUAUGGGCAACUGCUGAACUGUGGUGCGAAGGAUUGAGGCGCGGCACUAAACUCACCCUUACACGAUGACCAAAAAGUUCGAAUUCAACUGGCAGAUCCCCGUCCCGGAACCCCUGCUGCAGGGCGCGGUAUUCGACCGGUGGACGGAGGAGAAGGAUAACACGGAACUUGAACAGAACUGUCUCUUCAAGGUCGACGAGUAUGGCUUCUUUAUCUACUGGAAGAGUGAAGGCAAGGAUGGUGACGUAAUCGAACUUUGUCAGGUCAGCGACGUGAGAUCUGGGGGAGUGCCGAAGCCUGAAUCAAAAUUGAGUACGAAUCUUUUCAACAAACACGGAGAGACGUUAGAAGAUAAGUCGUUGACAAUCUGCAGUGGCACAGAUUAUAUUAAUAUUAACUACCAGCAUGUUGUAUGUCCUGAUGCUGCCACGGCAAAGGUAUGGAAGGAGGGACUUCGGGCUAUUACGCAUAACAACAAAAUCAACAAUGUAUGUCCGAGAACUAACCUUAUGAAGCAUUGGAUGCGGCUUUGCUUCUUGACGGAUCCGCGCGGCAAGGUUCCAGUAAAAGUGGUGGCCCGUACAUUCGCUUCGGGCAAGACGGAAAAGCUGGUCUACCAAUGCUUGUCCGAGCUGGGCCUGCCCUCCGGCAAGAACGAGGCUAUGGAGAAAGAGGCCUUUACUUUCGACAAGUUCUAUGCGUUAUACCACAAGAUCUGUCCUAGGAACGAUAUUGAAGAAUUGUUUAGAUCCAUCACACAAGGCAAAUCAGACCGCAUCAAUCUGGAUCAGUUCGUGAACUUCCUGAACGAGAAGCAACGCGACCCGCGACUCAACGAGAUCCUGUACCCGCUGUAUGACGACAAGCGCGCGCUGGAGAUCAUCACCGACUACGAGCAGAACGAGGAGGCCAAGAAUGCUAAAUGUCUGACAAAGGACGGUCUGAUCCGUUACCUGAUGUCUGACGAGAACGCGCCAGUGUUCCUGGACCGGCUGGACCAGUACAUGGACAUGGACCAGCCGCUGGCGCACUACUACAUCAACUCCUCGCACAACACCUACCUCUCCGGCCGACAGUUCGGCGGCAAGAGCUCCGUCGAGAUGUACCGACAGGUCCUGCUCGCCGGCUGCCGGUGCGUGGAGCUGGACUGCUGGGACGGCAAGGGCGAGGACGAGGAGCCCAUCAUCACGCACGGCAUGGCGAUGUGCACCGACAUCCUGUUCCGCGACGUGAUCUACGCGCUGCGCGACACCGCCUUCGUCACCUCCGACUGCCCCGUCAUCCUCUCCUUCGAGAACCACUGCUGCAAGGCGCAGCAGUACAAGCUCGCCAAGUACUGCGACGAGAUCCUCGGAGACCUGCUGCUCAAGGAGCCCCUGCCCGAGCACCCGCUGGAGCCAGGUCAGCCGCUCCCGCCACCUUCAUCACUGAAGAGGAAGAUCAUGAUCAAGAACAAGCGCCUGAAGCCUGAGGUGGAGAAGCAGGAGCUGGAACUGUUCAGACAGGGACAGUUCGUCAUCGAGGAUGAGGUCAAAGAGGAUGCAUCUGCUGUGGUCGUGCCGGAGAAGAAGCCGGAGGAGGUGGUGGCGGAGGCGGCUGCGGGCGGGGAGGAGGCUCCCCCGCCGGUGGCGUACACCGGCUCCACCACCAACGUGCACCCCUGGCUCUCCUCCAUGGUCAACUACGCGCAGCCCAUCAAGUUCCAGGGCUUCGAGGAGGCUGAGAAGAAGAACAUCUACCACAACAUGUCUUCGUUCGCGGAGACGACAGGCAUGAACUACCUCAAGUCCCAGGCCAUUGACUUUGUCAACUAUAACAAGCGACAGAUGUCUCGCAUCUACCCCAAGGGCACGCGAGCUGACUCCUCCAACUACAUGCCUCAGGUGUUCUGGAACGCGGGGUGCCAGAUGGUGUCGCUGAACUUCCAGACGUCGGACCUGCCGAUGCAGCUGAACCAGGGCAAGUUCGAGUACAACGGGAACUGCGGCUACCUGCUCAAGCCGGACUUCAUGCGCCGCGCCGACCGCAGCUUCGACCCCUUCGCUGAUGCCCCUGUGGACGGUGUCAUCGCCGCCCAGUGCUCCGUGCAGGUGAUAGCGGGCCAGUUCCUGUCAGACAAGAAGGUGGGCACGUACGUGGAGGUGGACAUGUACGGCCUGCCCUCCGACACCAUCAGGAAGGAGUUCCGCACGCGCAUGGUGCCCGCCAACGGUCUCAACCCUGUCUACAAUGAGGAACCCUUCCUCUUCCGGAAGGUGGUGCUGCCGGACCUGGCGGUGCUGAGGUUCGGGGUGUACGACGAGAGCGGCAAGCUGCUGGGCCAGCGCAUCCUGCCGCUGGACGGGCUGCAGGCGGGCUACCGGCACAUCUCCCUGCGCACCGAGGCCAACUUCCCCAUGUCUCUGCCCAUGCUCUUCGCCAACAUCGAGCUCAAGAUAUACGUACCUGAUGGCUUUGAAGACUUCAUGGCGGCGCUGUCAGACCCGCGCGCCUUCAUGGGCGCGGCCAAGGAGCGCACUGACAACAUGAAAGCCAUGGGCAUCGAGGAGAGCGCCCCGGAGAAGAAGGUCACCAUCGAGGAGAAGAAGGAAGAGCCGCCGUUAGUAUUCGAACCUAUAACCGUGGAGUCGCUGCGACAAGAGAAGGGCUUCCUGAAGACUGGACGCAAGCAGCAGAAGGAGCUGGAGACGAUGCGCAAACGUCACGCCAAGGAGAAGAUGGCGAUGCAGAAGCAGCAGUGCGCAGCGCUAGAGAAGAUGAUUAAAGGAAAGAACAAGGAGCAGCUGAGCGGCGACGCGGCGUUCCGCACGCUGGUGACGGAGCAGUCGGCGGCCUGGAGCGAGCUGGUGGGCCGUCAGCGCGUCGAGGAGUGGGCCAGCGCCCGCACCCGUCUGCACGAGCAGCGCGACCUGCUGCGCAAGAUGAUGGAGCAGACCCAGCUCGCCCAGAUGAAGCAGCUGGAGGCCAAACACGACAGAGAGUUAAAGGACAUGAACGCUCGUCAAGCUAAAAUCAGCAUGGAGACCAGCAAGGAGGUCGCCAACGAUAAGACUCUGAAGACCAAGCAGGAGAAAGACCGGAGACUGCGCGAGAAGAAGCAGAACAACACUAAGAAGUUCAUGGACGAGAGGAAGACUCAGAUAAUCAAACACACGCGUGAAAAGGAGAAGCUGAAAGGCACCCACGACAAACAACUGGAAGAACUCUCCAAGGACGUAGACAAUCUGAUCGAGAUGUACAAAAUGGAGGAGUCAGAGUUCGAGAUGGCGAGCAAGACGGAAUUCCUCGCAUGAAAAUACCCGCACAUCGCCCCGCUGCUGCACCAGCUCUCCGGCUAGUGCCGCACAGUGCCGCACAGCGCCGCACAGUGCCGCACAGUGCCGCACAGCGCCGCACAGU